AUGAGUUUUACUCACGACGACGAUGCAAAACUUUGCGAACUUGUGUCUAGCUACCCACAAUUAUAUGAUUUAAGUCAUAAAGAUUUUAAAGAUAUCAUAUUAAAAGAUAAUAUAUGGAAAGAAAUUGCGACUUCAUUGGGGAAAAAAACUGAUGAAGAUUGUAAAAAGAGAUGGCGUUCGAUUCGGGACCAUUUUAAGCGUCUUAAAAGAGAAGCAAAAUUAGGAACUGGAUCUGCUGCUCGUAAACCAGUUAAUAGGCCACUCUUAAAAUAUGUAUCCUUCCUUUUGCAAGUUCCAGAAGAAAGGAGGACCCUAUCUAAUUUAUCGGAUAUUGGACAAAACGAAGAGAUCAGUAAUGACAGUACAUUGGAAGAUCAAGAUAUUGAUGUUGAAUGUUUUGAUACUAGUAAUGCAUCCGUUCAAACUUCACCACCAAGCAAUACAGAUGCAUCUAAGUCAAAAAAAAGAAAAAUGGAAAAAGUAUCAGACAUUUUAGCUGAAAAUAGAGAGUCAAGACUGCAAUUAAUAGAAACAUUGAAAGGUGCCGGUCAAAAACAAGAAGAUGAAGUAGAUGCAUUUUAUAAAAGUAUUUCUCUUUCCGUAAAACGCCUUCCGCCAUUACUGAGUUCCGAAAUCAAGAUGCAACAUUUACAAAGUUUACAUAAUAUAGAAUUGAAAUACAUGCACAGUCAAUCACAAUACCAGCAACCAUAUUUUUGUCCUCAACAAAACAUACCAGAGCAUUCAUUAGUUCAUCAGACUCAGACUCAGACAUACCAACCAUUAGAUCAACAAGAAAACCAAAGUUGUCCAUCUCAACCCUUUUAUGAGAAUCUUCCAUAUUGA